UGCAUCUCCAGUGAAAGCGGUUUUUGACUCACCUAGUUUGCCCGAGGAGAAAUCACCCGGAUUUUUGCUGCAGCUUCCAGCUUUGUGCAUCUCUGUGAUUUCCUCCGGCGGGGACUUUGCGGCGUUCCAGAUUCCCAGCGGGAUUGGACAUCCUAUCCAACUCCUCUCCUUGUCCCUGGAGGAUCCUGGUUCUCUCUGGGACUCCCCUGAACACGUGAGACCGGCAUUUCCAGCUUGGCACUGGGAGAAAUUUGCCUACAACUCUCUCUGGGAUCCACGUGGACCGACCAGCUCGCUCUGCGGUGAUAUCUGAUUGGGUUGUGUUUGUGUCCAAAAGUCCUUGGAGGGGGGUUUAGAAGUCUCUGUGUGUCUUUCAGGAAGUGUUGUGGUGGGGAUUUUUGGGAUCCAGCUUUAGUGCCAGGGGCUUAUAACCCAGUUCUUCCCGUGUUUGCCACUCACACAGUCGGAGUCAUGCAGCUGGACAAUGUCACCAGCGCGGGCGUCCACUCCUUCCAGGGGCACCGUGGAGUUGCCAACAAGCCCAAUGUGAUCCUGCAGAUAGGGAAGUGCAGGGCAGAAAUGCUGGAGCAUGUCCGGAGGACCCACCGGCACCUCCUGACAGAGGUCUCCAAGCAGGUGGAGCGGGAGCUGAAGGGAUUGCAGAAAUCCGUGGGGAAGUUGGAGAACAACUUAGAGGACCACGUCCCAACUGAAAACCAGAGAUGGAAGAAGUCCAUCAAGGCCUGCCUGGCCAGGUGCCAGGAGACCAUUGCCCACCUGGAGAGGUGGGUCAAGAGGGAGAUGAAUGUUUGGAAGGAGGUCUUUUUCCGCCUGGAAAAGUGGGCUGACCGCCUGGAGUCCAUGGGAGGCAAAUACUGCCCUGGGGAGCAGGGCAAGCAGACGGUGUCUGUCGGGGUGGGAGGUCCAGAAAUAAGGCCAAGUGAGGGGGAGAUUUAUGAUUAUGCCCUGGACAUGAGCCAGAUGUAUGCCCUGACCCCUCCUCCCGGGGAGGUGCCCAGCAUCCCCCAGGGCCACGAUUCCUACCAGUGGGUCUCCGUGUCGGAGGACGCUCCAGCCUCCCCAGUGGAGACCCAGGUGUUUGAGGAUCCCCGGGAGUUCCUGAGCCACUUGGAGGAAUACUUAAAGCAGGUGGGUGGAACAGAGGAGUAUUGGCUGUCUCAGAUCCAAAACCACAUGAACGGCCCAGCUAAAAAGUGGUGGGAGUACAAGCAGGACUCCGUCAAAAACUGGGUCGAGUUCAAGAAGGAGUUCCUGCAGUACAGCGAGGGAACUCUGACUAGGGAUGCGAUCAAAAGGGAGCUGGAUUUGCCCCAGAAAGAGGGGGAGCCCCUGGAUCAGUUCCUCUGGCGCAAGAGAGACCUGUACCAGACCCUCUAUGUGGAUGCAGAUGAGGAGGAGAUCAUCCAGUACGUGGUAGGCACCCUCCAGCCCAAACUGAAGCGUUUCCUGAGCUACCCCCUGCCCAAGACCUUAGAGCAGCUGAUCCAGAGGGGGAAGGAGGUCCAAGGCAACAUGGAGCACUCUGAGGAGCCCAGCCCACAGAGGACUCCUGAGGUUCAGCCAGGAGACUCUGUGGAGACCGUGCCCCCCUCAACCACCGCCAGCCCCGUGCCGAGCAAUGGGACUCAACCAGAGCCCCCAAGCCCCCCAGCCACUGUCAUAUGAGCUCCCCUGAGGGGGGUCUGGGUUCCGUGGAAGGGAGAAGGGGGCUUAUUUAGGAAGCUUCUCCUUGGAGGGAAGUUCUGGCUGAGACGAGACCUGAGGAGUGCUCAGUCCAACAGCCCAGAGCAGAGGGAUUGGCUUUGCUCCUGGGGGGAGGGAGGUGGUGAGGGAGAGGCACCCCAGGAUGGGGCUGCCCCCCUCACCCAGGCCGUGCCAUGCGGUGGUGCUGGGGACCCUGCUGGCACCACUGCGGGGGACAGCCAAUUUUAUGAGAAUUCCCUGACAAGAAACUACAGACAAUUCCCAACUUGUGAAGCGGCCGCUCGGCACUGGCAGCUCUCAAGGACUUCAUAUGAGUGCAGCAGUUGGUGGAGGGUUCCUACCCAUCUGGAUCUCUCUUUUUCCUUCUCUACUCCCUCCUCUGAGAGGGUGGCCCUGUCCUGAGGAGACAGCUUUCUUUUUCACCCUUGCCUGUUUCUGAUUAACCUCUGGGUUUCUGUUCACUUGGCAAUCUCCUGCUCUUACUUGCUCCAAAGGAUUAAAGUAAUUUUUUUGAUUAUUUUUUUAUAAGAUGAAAAAAAAAUCCUAUUAUUUCAGGAACUGAAAGCUUUAAGAAUCUGGAUUAUUUUCUGUGGUUUUCAUUUCACUGCACCUAAUACCUGC